AGGCUGCCGGGAGCGCGCGGCGGGGCGGAAGUGGCCGCCCGCCCUGUCCGGCCCUACGCAGGUAGGCGGCAGCCCCCGGGCUCCGGAGCCAGGCUCUCAGUGGGUGAGUGACGGUGCGCCCGCGGCCGGGUGCCCUCCCUCGCUGUGUUCUGGGGCCUGUUGCCACCCGCACCCGUCCGGCCCGGCCCCAGGCAUCUCAAACUCCCCCCGCAGCUAGGCUGUGACGGGUGCCGGACAGACAGACGUCUUUCCCCCUCUGGCUUGUGUGGGAGACCUCCCCUUUCUGAUGAGUGUGCCGUGCUAUAUCCCUGAGAAGUAGUGCGAAACUUCUACCUCUUCUGACCAGGAUGCUUCAAAUGCCCCUAGCAACAGUCCCUUCCCUCCCUCCCUGCCUGGCCUGGGCACGGUCUCUCCAGUUUGGCACUUGAUCACCUCUCUAACAGACCCACCUACGCACCCCAUCCUCACUUGCUCCUGUCCUGGCUCUUCUUGCUGUCAUCUAAGAUUGGACCUUCCCCUAGGCAGCAUAGUGCACUAUCCUUUUUUUUUACUUCCCGACUACCCACACCCCCUGCUCCUUCUGCACACCCCCUAGUCCCUUUCUGCACAUACAACCCUAGUCUCGGCUAGACUCUCCCAGCCUCGAAGUCUGGCAUCACCUGGUCCAUCCUUGCAGAGCUUCCUGCCCCUAGCACCUGUGACAUUCAUGCGCCUCCAGUAAACCCAAGCACCUUUCUGCAGUCACUCAGGAGUGCCUCAGUAACCAGCGUCAUUGCCCAGUUCCAUCUCAGGACUAUAUACUGGACAAAGCUUAGACCUGGGAACCUGGUCUCAAGGUGUCAGUGGAGCCUGACUGACUAGAUCUGUUUACAAGCUCCCAAGACUGAUGGUCCUGCAUGUACUGCAGGCCCUGCCUUGGGAACUCCUUCUCCCUGCCCCUCUGGGGCUUGUCUGAGGACCAUCCUUCUGGACUGGGCUAAGGCCCUCCUUUGAGCUGCUCCCUAGACCUCGGCCUAGCAGUCUUGCUGGAACCCAUGAGCACAGCCUACUUCCUUCUGGUUAAGACAAGGGAUCUCUGUCACAUAGAGCCCAGAGUGUCUUCGCUUGGCUAGAGACAGAAUUCUGUGUGCUUUCUUGCUUUCUUUGUUUCAUUUGACCUGUUAUAAAAAGGUAAAUGCUUCUUGCAACUGAAUGGACCAUGUACUGCAACCAUAUUGUCCCUCAGUCCCCUUUACCACGUAAUAUGCACCAGUGUGUCCAGGAGUGCAUGACAUCCUCUGCCUGCUGAGCAGCGGGGACAGGAGGAGAGGUCUAGAGAGUGGAAGAGGCAGGUGUCCCGUUGUCACCCACCUGACUGUGGCAUGUGUGCCCAUGAAGCUCCCACAGAUACGUGCGACCCUGUCACCUGAGCCUUGGAACAUCCUUCGCAGUGUGGCUGUCUUCGCGGUGGCCAUACAGUGUGGACAGGGUCACAGGAAAUGAAGUAGAAACUCAAGGCAGCUUCCGUGCAUUUGUGAGCAGUGAGCAAUUGUGAGCAGUAAAGUGCAGGCAUGCUGUGUUUGGGGUAUCACUUUGAGCUGGAGGGCAGCUCCUUUGCUAAGUCCCUCCCAGGGCACCGGGGAUGCAGACUAAGCAGAAGCAGCAGCGUUGUGAUGCCACAGAUGCAAACCGGGGAGGGUUCUGACGCCUCUCUGCCCACACUGGGAAAGGACUGAUGUGAACUGUAAGGAGCCUCAAGACGCUUGUGUCUACCUCACCCCCUAGCCUGUCCUGUCCAGAGUGCAGUUCGAUGCCCAUCCAGCCCUUUGACCAGCGGGAAUGGAAUGAGCCUAUGCACUCCCUCCGGAUCAGUGUAGGGGGCCUUCCUGUGCUGGCAUCCAUGACCAAGGCCACGGACCCUCGCUUCCGCCCCCGCUGGCGGGUGAUCCUCACGUCCUUUGUGGGUGUUGCCCUCCUCUGGCUGCUGUACUCCCACCAUCAGGGCCCAGUGCCAGGCAGGCCCCCCACCCACAAUGCGCACAAUUGGAGGCUCAGCCAGCAGCGCAUCUCUCAUUACAAUGACACCUACCCCCUCUCCCCCCCACAGAGAACUCCAGGUGGGAUUCGGUACCGAAUCGCAGUCAUUGCUGACUUGGACACGGGGUCCAGGGCCCAGGAAGAAAACACUUGGUUUAGCUACCUUAAGAAAGGCUACCUGACCCUGUCGGACAGCGGGGACAGGGUCAGCGUGGAGUGGGAUAAAGACCACGGGGUCCUAGAGUCCCACCUGGCAGAAAAGGGGCGGGGCAUGGAGCUCUCGGACCUGAUCGUCUUCAAUGGGAAACUCUACUCCGUGGAUGACCGCACAGGGGUCAUCUACCAGAUCGAAGGCACCAAAGCAGUGCCCUGGGUGAUCCUUUCCGAUGGCGAUGGAACUGUGGAGAAGGGUUUCAAAGCUGAAUGGCUUGCUGUGAAGGACGAACACCUGUAUGUGGGCGGCCUGGGCAAGGAGUGGACCACCACGACAGGGGAAGUGAUGAACGAGAACCCUGAAUGGGUGAAGGUGGUAGGCCACAGGGGCAGUGUGGACCACGAGAACUGGGUGUCCAGCUACAACGCCCUGAGAGCGGCUGCAGGGAUCCGACCACCAGGCUACCUCAUUCACGAAUCCGCCUGCUGGAGCGACACACUGCAGCGCUGGUUCUUCCUGCCUCGUCGGGCUAGCCACGAACGCUACAGCGAGAAGGACGAUGAACGCAAGGGCAGCAACCUCCUGCUGAGUGCAGCCCAGGACUUCAGGGACAUCUCUGUGAGGCAAGUGGGGACUCUGGUCCCCACCCACGGCUUCUCAUCCUUCAAGUUCAUCCCCAACACGGAUGACCAGAUCAUCGUGGCUCUCAAGUCGGAAGAGGACAAUGGCAGAAUCGCCACCUAUGUCAUGGCCUUCACACUGGAUGGCCGCUUCCUGCUUCCAGAGACCAAGAUCGGCACUGUGAAGUACGAAGGAAUAGAGUUUAUCUAGAUGAGUUAAGCUCGCACGCCCAGCGGGGGCGAGGGCCAGCGGCCGUGCUACACCAGGACUCAUAAAAACCGGGAGCGCCUCCACUUGUUUGCGUUUUUCUUUUUUUAAUCGAGAGCUGUGUUCCUGGCUAGAGAGUCUCAUUAUAGGGAGCUGAGCCGCUGCUCGGAGACUGGGAGCAAGGGGUCCUGUACAGGAACCCCAGGUGCUCCGCCCGCCCGCGCUCGCUCUGCACUGCCACCUGGUGGUAGGGAUUGAUCACUGCUGCAGCUAUCUUCUGAGCCUCUGGCCUUCAGAAUCCAGCCAUGCCUUUCCUUCCCUGGUCUCUGGCCUUUCCACGACUUCUAUGUCCAGUAUGUGUCUUUGAAGCAGCCCCGUGUUAAACCCUAGCUUAACCCUGGGAGCACACGAUAGUCUGAGGUAGGCCUGCCAGCCAGGCACUCGGGGGCCCCUUCUUCCUCCCAUGUGACUCUGGCAUUCCACAUGCUGCAGACCCCUGGAAAGUGAAUGUUUACAUGGCAGGGUGAGGGCCACCCCUUGGGAGGCACCUGCCCACACUCUGGAGCGCCUCUAGCACAGGAUUGCUUGCGAGCUGUUGAUGACUUCAUUUCUCCCCUCAGGAGGAUUUUGUGCUGUACAGCCUUUUAAAGUCCAAAUUAUUAACUUAUUUUUAUUAGAGCAGUUUCUUUUCCUGAAGAACAGAGUCACCAGACUUCAUCACACAGUGACAGUGGAGUUCCAGGAGCGAGGGACUUGUCCCCACACCCACAGUGGCGACAUGAGCUUUUACAGAAAGCGUCUCAGCAUCCCUGGCCUCUGCAACUUCCAAGGGCUGCCAUGCUUUCACCCCUCAGCGGUGGCUGAGGGAGGGGGGCUGCGCCUGACUAGAGACCUGCUCUCAUUGGCUCCUGGUGGGUAUUUAGCAGCCUUCUCUCUAGGGGGGCCUCACUGUUUUCUGCUGUCCUGUUCUGUCCAUGUUCAAAAGAGCCAAGGCAGCCGAGUCAGGCUCAGAGGUCGUUCUGCAGGCAGCAGCACCUUAGCUGCACCCUUAGACCAGGACAUCGGUCCUGCUGUAGGCACAGGGCCCUGAUGACCAUCACAAACCCCUUCCACAGGAAGCUAGGAGAGCCACUGCCACUGGGGCCUGACUACCCUCAGUACAACAGGCUGCUACUGACUUGUGGUGCUGAGGGCUUCGUGUACUGUUGUGCUGGGAGCUCAGCCAAACCUCCUUGAUGUGUGUCAACUGUGUUAGGUUGUGUGAUUCUGAGCUGAAAGAGAGGAAAUGAGAGAGGUUGAGAGAGACCUGGGCCCCUCGCUGAGGAGCCUUCCACACACCUUCCUUUCCCUGAGCAAUGAUUGUGUCUCUCCAUUGUUUUGUAAACAAUAAAGUGUCAGGGGAAUGUG